AUGGAGUCAUUACAGAGAUCGUGGAGUCUGUGGCGGAAGAACUCUAGCUGUCGAGUUCCCAACGCAGGCCGCUGCUAUUUUGAUUUCACCCACUGGAACGUCCUCGUCUCCUGGGUCAUCAUCAUCGCCGAACUCGUCGUCGGAACCAUACCCGAUCCACCCUGGAUGCGCAUGCUGGCCAUGCCGGUGCCUUCGCUCUUCUUCAAUUUUGCUAUCGAGAUGCUAGUUUUCGAAGCCCUGUACGUCUUUAAGAGGCCUACCUCGUUCCGCAUCUCCUCUAUUCCGAAAGGCGACCCAAUGCGUCCCGCCCUCUAUCCGCUUCUGGAGGAUAUCGUCGCGGUGGAUGGCAAAGGAGGAACCGGGUUCCGGGCCCUUCUGGAUCAGCGGUACAGGGCCAGUCCUCCCUUUCGCGGCAUGUUGCACCGAUUGACGAUGCUAUGGGUGAUUCCUCAGAUGCUGGUGGCGGGGGGGACGUUGGCGGGAAUUGUGAUUGCUGACAAUGAGCUGGCUUACACGCUUGGCUGGUCAGUGCCUGCUAUUUGGGCAGGGAUCUGGGCUGUGGUGAUGGUGAUCUGGAUUCGGGUGGAGUUGAGGCGAGAGAAGCAUUUCUGGGGAGGAGUACGAUUGACCCAGCAGCUGCAGAGAGAGGUGCAGGACAUUUCGGAGACUGCUGAUACCACCGAGGAGGAAGCAAGCAACCUAAUGCGCUACGGAGGACAGUGA